AUGGAUGGUGGACUUCCCAGUGUGGAGAGACCACGGAAUUCCUCGGAAUCUGAGAAACCUCAUACUGUGAAGGAUGGGGCCGGGAAUCAGGAGGAGGAGACGUUUCCCUGUCCUGAGUGCGGGAAAUGUUUUUCAAACAAGUCCAAUCUUUACAGACAUCAGAGAUCCCACAAAGGGAAGAAGCCGUAUUCAUGCAGCGAGUGCGGGAAAAGUUUUUUACGGAGGGACAUUCUUUUCAGACAUCAGAGUUUGCACACAGGCAAGAAGUCGAAUCGCUGUCCUGAGUGCGGGAAAUAUUUUCGAAGGAAGUCGCAGCUUGCUUUACAUCAGAGAUCUCACACGGGGGAAAAGCCGUACACCUGCCCUGAGUGCGGGAAAUGUUUUUCAGACAAUCCUGGUCUUUCCAGACACCGAAGAUUUCACACGGGGGAGAAGCCGUACAUAUGCCUAGAGUGCGGAAAAGGUUACACACGAAGUUCAGAACUUCAUGUACAUCAGAGAUCUCACACGGGGGAGAAGCCGUUUUUGUGCCCAGAGUGCGGGAAAUGUUUUUCACAGAAGUCCCAUCUUUCCAGACAUCAGAGAGCUCACACGGGGGAGAAGCCGUAUGUCUGCCCAGAGUGCGGAAAGGGUUAUUCGCAAAAUUCAGAACUUAUUAUACAUCAGAGAUCUCACACGGGGGAGAGGCCGUUUUACUGCCUGGAGUGCGGGAAAUGUUUUACAGAGAAGUCCCAUCUUUCCAGACAUCAGGGAGCUCACACAACCAAGAAGCCAUAUGUCUGCUCAGAGUGUGGAAAAGGUUAUACACGAAAAGCGAGAUCUCACACAGGGGAAAAGCCAUAUGCUUGUUUGGAGUGCGGGAAAUGUUUUUCACAGUGGUCCUAUCUUUCCAUACAUCAAAAAACUCACACAGGAGAAAAGCCGUAUACCUGCCCUGAAUGCGGGAAAAUUUUCACUCAAAAAUCUGCACUGGUCUUACAUCAGAAAUCCCACACGGGGGAGAAGCCGUAUUCCUGUUCUGAGUGCGGGAAACGUUUUUUUUCCAGAUCCGGUCUUAAUGUGCAUAAAAGGUCUCACACAGGAGAGAAGCCGUUUUCCUGUCCUGAGUGCGGGAAAUGCUUUUCAGUAAAGUCCCAUCUUUCCUUACAUCAGAGAUAUCACACAGGGGAGAAGCCGUAUUCCUGUACUGAGUGUGGGAAAUCCUUUGCACAGAAACGAGAACUUGUCAUACAUCAAAGAUUUCACACGGGUGAGAAACCAUAUUCCUGUGCUGAGUGCGGGAAAUGUUUCUCAGACAAGACCAAUCUUUCCAGGCAUCAAAGAUUGCACACAGGAGAAAAGCUGUAUUCAUCUCACGUGGGCGAGAAGCUGUAUUCAUGUUCUGAGUGCGGAAAAUGUUUUCUGCAUAAAUCAAGUCUCCCUGAACAUCAGAGAUCUCACACAGGGGAGAAGCCAUAUUCCUGCCUUGAGUGCGGGAAAUGUUUUUCACAUAAAUCCAGUCUCAACAAACAUCAGAGAUUACAUACAGACAAGAUGCCAUAUUCUUGUAUUGAGUGCGGGAAAUGUUUUUCCACUACGUCCACUCUUUACAGACAUCAGAGACUGCACACAGGUGAAAAGCCAUAUCCCUGCCCUGAUUGUGCAAAAUGUUUUUCUCGAAAAUCUGCACUGGUUGUACAUCAGAGGUCUCACACAGGUGAGAAGCCACAUUCCUGUCCUGAGUGCGGGAAAUGUUUUUCAGAUAUGUCUAGUCUUUGCAGACAUCAGAAUUUGCACACAGGUGAAAAGCCGUAUUCCUGUCCUGAGUGCGGGAAAUGUUUUCUGUAUAAAACUUCACUGCUCACACAUCAGAGAUCUCACACGGGGGAGAAACCAUUUUCCUGUCCUGAGUGCGGGAAAUGUUUUUCAGAUAAGUCCUGUCUUUAUAGACAUCAGAUUUUUCAUUCCGGUAAGAAGGCCUAUUCCUGCCCUGAGUGCGAGAAAAGUUUUCUCCAUAACGCUUCCCUAUUCAAACAUCUGAAGUCUCACAAGGGUGAGAAGCCGUAUUCCUGUUCUGAGUGCGGGAAAUGUUUUUUCCAGAGACAUCAGAAAUCCCACACGGGGGAAAAGCCAUAUUCCUGUACUGAGUGCGGAAAAUGUUUUUCACAGAAGUCACAUCUUGACAAACAUGUGAAGUCUCACACAGCGGAGAAGCCGUAUUCCUGUCCUGAGUGCGGGAAAUGUUUUUCACACGAUUCAAACCUUUACAAACAUCUGAAAUCUCACACAGCGGAGAAGCCGUAUUCCUGUCCUGAGUGCGGGAAAUGUUUUUCGGAGAAGUCCAGUCUUUAUAGACAUCAGAUGUUGCAUUUGGAUAAGAAGACCUAUUCCUGUCCUGAGUGCGAGAAAAGUUUUCUUCAUAAAUCCUCCCUAUUCAAACAUCUGAGGUCUCACAAGGGGGAGAAGCCGUAUUCCUGUUCUGAGUGCGGGAAAUGUUUUUUCCAGAAGUGUGAUCUUUACAGACAUCAGAGAACUCACACGGGGGAGAAACCAUUUUCCUGCCCUGAGUGCGGGAAAUGUUUUUCAAAGAAGUUUAGUCUUCAAAAUCAUCAGAGAUCUCACACAGGGGAGAAGCCAUAUUCCUGUUCUGAGUGCGGGAAAUGUUUUUCAGUAAAGUACCAUCUUUACCGACAUCAGAAAACUCACAUGGCUGAGAAGUCCGGUCUUUAUAGACAUCAGAUUUUGCACUUGGAUAAGAAGACCUAUUCCUGUCCCGAGUGCGAGAAACGUUUUCUUUAUAAAUCUUCCCUAUGCAAACAUCGAAAAUCUCACAAGGGCGAGAAGCCGUAUUCCUGUCCUGAGUGCGGGAAAUGUUUUCUUCAUAAAUCCUCCCUAGUCAAACAUGAGAAGUCUCACAAGGGGGAGAAGCCGUAUUCCUGUCCUGAGUGCGGGAAAUACUUUUCCCAGAAGUGUGAUCUUGACAGACAUCAGAGAACUCACACGGGCGAAAGGCCGUAUUGCUGUCCUGAGUGCGGGAAAUGUUUUUCAAGGACUUCCAGUCUUUAUAAACAUCAGAGAUGGCACACGAGGGAGAAGUCACGUUCCUGUCCUGAGUGCGGGAAACGUUUUUCACAGAAGUCACUUCUUGACACACAUCUUAAAUCCCACACGGGAGAGAAGUCACGUUCCUCUCCUGAGUGA